AUGACGCACAGCAGCAGCCACCACCACCACCACCACCACCACCACGCGCUCUGCUGCCUCUCCUCCGCACCGCAACAUCCCGAAGCGUCGCCCACGCCGGCACCGGAGCCCGCCGCGGCCACCGCUACGCAGGUGCCGGGGUCGGUAGCGGUGGCCGGCGUGCUGCACAAGUGGACCAACUACGGCCGCGGGUGGCGGGAGCGCUGGUUCUCGCUCCGCGACGGGGUGCUCUCCUACUCCAAGAUUCGGGCCGACGCGGGGGGCGGGGAGGCGGCCGGACGGAUCGCUGACGACGGGGAGGUCAGGCUGAUCGGCGGCGCGUCCGCGAGGAUCGACGGGGGGCGCCGCCCGGAGAAGCCCGUCGGAGUCGUCUGCCUCAAGGUGUCCGCAUUUCGUGAGAGCAAGUCCGACGACAGGAGAUUCUACAUAUUUUCUCCCACAAAGACACUUCAUUUGAAGACAGAUUCGAAAGAUGACCGUGUCGCUUGGAUCGAGGCCUUGAUCUUGGCGAGGAGUGUUUAUUCGCUCAGGUCACUCAGUGGAAGUAUAACUUUUGUGCAGAGUGAUGUUUCAGUUUCCACUGCAAGGCUUCGAAAUCGGAUGCACCAGGAUGGUUUAAACGAGAGUCUUAUACAGGACUGCGAACAGAUUAUGCUUUCGGAGUUUUCAAGCUACAGAAAGCAACUGAAGCUACGCUAUGACGAUCAUCUAAGCUUGUUCGGAUCUAGCAGACACCAUUUCGAGGAAGGUAAAGAUGGAAAUAUAAUACAGGGGGCGUUGACAAAAAAUGAAUUUUCUAGUUCCCGGCAUGGAAAUUUCAGUGAAUAUAGCACAACAGAAUCUGAUGAAUUUGAGAAGCAAGAUGGUGGUGAAUUGACUUGUGAAGAGGACUCUACAUUCUUUGAUGCUGCAGACUACUUCAUAGAAUCAAACAGCAGAUCUUCAACAAUGUCAGAUUCCACAGAUUGUGGUGUACACAGUGCUACUAACAUAGAUAAUCCAGGUGGCCAAGAAGUUGUGGAUAUCCAAAUUCAAGAUUCUAACAACAUGCUACCUGAAAUCAAACGACGGAGUAAACUACCAGAACCUACUGAGAAAGAGAAAGGAAUCAGCCUUUGGUCCAUUAUUAAAGAUAGUGUUGGCAAGGAUUUGACACGAGUAUGCCUUCCAGUUUACUUCAACGAGCCACUUUCAUCCCUCCAAAAGUGCUUUGAAGAUUUCGAAUAUUCCUACCUUCUGGAUCAAGCCUAUGAAUAUGGAAAAGUGGGGAAUAGCCUCAUGAGAAUCCUGAAAGUAGCUGCUUUUGCGAUCUCUGGCUAUGCUUCAUCUGUCGCGAGACCUUGCAAACCAUUCAAUCCAUUGUUAGGAGAGACUUAUGAAGCUGAUUUUCCUGAUAGAAGGAUCCGCUUUUUUGCCGAGAAGGUUAGUCAUCAUCCAAUGCUGAUUGCCUGCCACUCUGAAGGCAAGGGCUGGAAAUUCUGGGGCGACAGCAAUGUAAAAUCCAAGUUCUGGGGGCAGUCAAUUCAAGUUGAUCCUGUUGGCGUUUUGACAGUGGAAUUUGAUGACGGUGAAAUCUUCAAGUGGAGUAAGGUGGGUGGCAUGAUAAGACGGGACACUCACGGAUUGGAACUAUAUUCAAAACUGAAUUCUGCCUGUCACAUGCUGAUGCGUUUUCAGGUGACAACAACUAUUAAUAACCUCAUUCUUGGGAAGCUGUACUGCAACCAUCAUGGAAUUAUGCACAUAAAGGGGAAUCGGCAGUAUUCAUGUAAACUCAAGUUCAAAGAGCCAUCGCUGCUUGACCGCAAUCCUCACCUAGUACAAGGCUUCGUGGAGGACAAUGAUGGAAAGAAGGCUUCAUUUUUAAUAGGAAAAUGGGACGAAAGUAUGUACUAUACAAAUUUAGAUACUUCCAAGGUCAAGAGCGCCGAUCAAUUGCAAGGUGCCUCCCUACUUUGGGAAAAGAACAAGCCUUCUCCCAACCCAACUCGUUACAAUCUAUCUUCUUUUGCGAUCACAUUGAAUGAGCUGACCCCAGAGCUUCAGGAGAAACUCCCCCCUACUGAUUCACGGCUAAGACCAGACCAGCGGCAUUUAGAGAACGGUGAGUAUGAGAAGGCAAAUACAGAGAAGUUGAGGUUGGAACGGCGGCAAAGAAUGUCGACUAAACUUCAAGACAAUGGUUGGAAGCCUCGAUGGUUCGAGCAGGACGCAGAGGACGGGGCAUAUCAUUACAAAGGUGGGUACUGGGAAGCAAGGGACGAAGGACGCUGGGACGGAUGCCUCAAUAUAUUCGGGGAGUUCUCAGAAACGUGA